UUUCUUCCCAAAAAUAUUUUCUGGGGAAAAGGGAAGAAGGCGCAGCAUGUCAUAUUUAGUCCAUGGUUUGAUUCUGACGCAUUUGUUUCGUUGGAUGCAUGACCUACAGCAAAAGAUAACCAUUGAGGCGCAGAUUCGAUGUGAUAAGUGCCGGUCCAAGGCCAUGAAGAUAGCUGUUGCGGAAGAUGGUGUAAUAUCAGUGGCUUUCCAGGGACCCAACAGAGACAAAAUGGUUAUAACUGGAGAUGGAGUUGAUGCUGUGGACAUGGCGAACUCGUUGAGGAAGAAGCUUGGCUACGCAGACUUGGUGAGUGUCGAAGAAAUAACUGAAAAGAAAGCUGUGAACAAAGUUGAACCUAAACAGGAAACGAAAGCCGAAAAUGCAAGACCACAACCUUGUUCUCACCAUCCUCGGUUGGAAUUCUACAUCCAUGAUCCACCAUCAACGAGUAUGUGCACCAUUUUGUGAUAUGUACAAUGGCCAGAUAAAUGUUCUCUUGUGAAACAGAUUCUUUUAAUGUACGGUAUUAGAUUGAUGGUUUGACAACAUAACAUAUUUAGUGUUUGAAAGA